AUGAGGCCAGAAUGCGAGCUGCAGAAGCACCGCCACCAGAGAGUGUGCAUCUUCAACCUCACGCAUCCUGUCUCAUCGCUGGGCGCACAGGAGGCGUAUUCGCGUCCGCAGCUGGGGUCUGCGCCGGGACUGGCACGGACAUCGCCUUCUGCAGUCUCUCGCUCGCCAGACAUGCAUUCUACUGGCCAGACUCCUCCAGACCCCGGCAACAUGCUUAAUCCCGCAACGGACUCGCCCGGUCCGGCUGCGAAUCUCAAUCCAGCGAUGCCCAGGCGGUGGUAUGCGCGUCAGACUCGGGCGCAGAGCCGCUCGAGUGGCGAUGAGGCUGAAAGCGUGCGGCCUCGUUCAAGAGGCCUCAGCCGCUCCUCUGUCUCGCCAAGUCGGCCAGUGACGCCUGGCGUUUCCAGUGACUCUAACAGCCCGCCGACGCGCUCCAACGCGGCCGUUUCGCGGGAUGAGUUGUUCGACCCCGAUGUGGCUGCUGCUGCUGCUGCUGCUCGCCGGUCCCCCCCGCAACUCACGAUCCCAUCUCCUAAGGGCAGAUCGGCCAUGGAGAAGUUGAAUAUCUUCAAGCGCAGCCGUGGAGUGUCGAUGUCGGACGAGACGGUACCCAAAGAGGGCCAGCCGCGCCGGGGAACCUUUGAUAGGCUGGGGGGAUGGUUUGGUCGUUCCCGGAAUCAGCAGAGUCAAGCUGCAGGGAUCGAAGUAACUUCACAGUCCUCAGUCGCGCAGACCAUCGAGUGGCUUCGACCCGCCUCUUCGCAUCCAGCCCUAGGACACGCACGCUAUCACUCGGACGACCAGGGCAGCCGAUGCCGGUCCAAUGCGGAAAACGACCCGUCGUUCCAGGGCCAACGACCACCGCCAGGAGGCUAUUUCGCGCCCGAGUCCUUCUCGCACUUCAGACAACCCCCGGACGGAUCCAGAAACCCACAACACCCAGAGGCACCACCGUCGCCAGAUCACGAACCCGACCGACUCCCCUCGCCCACAGGCUCCUUCACGCACACCGAGUACCGCUAUCAUCAUCAACAACAACAACAACAACCACCACCACCCCUAAGCCCCGACCAACAACUCUCCCCAAACCCCUCCUCUCCCACCCCCCGCACCCCACCUUCCCGCGGCCGCACCAUCGACCGCGCCUACGCGCAAGACCUGCACCUCCGCUCCCGCAGCCCCAAGGCCUUCCCCCCGCGUCCCGAGGAAGCCUCCUACCCGAGCACCGACACCUCCGACCCAGCCCACAACCUGGGCACCUUCCGCUCGAACCCGCGCACCAGCCGCAUCGGUGACCAGGAACUGCCCUGGAAACUCACCCUGCCCAGCGACGAGGACGAGGAGGGCACCGCGACGGUGACGGUCCGCAGCGCCUGGCUCGCGAGUACCACGAAGUGCAUGCUGCAGUCGUCGCGUCUGCCGACUUAUACAGAAGAUGAGGUCGUGCAUCGGCAUCCGGGUGUGGUGGCCGGCGAGAAGAUGGGGGACGUGCGGCAGCGUCGAGGCCGGGGUCGAGGUCGAGGUCGGGGUCGGGGGCAAGCGCAUGAUCGUGACCAUUAUGAGCAAGAGCAUGAGCAUGAGCAGCCCCAGGGGCCGGGGUCGGGGUCGGGGUCGGGGUCGGGGCAGGCGUUGGGGCCGGGGGACCAGCAUCAUCCGCACCGCGGCGAGAAGGCGCGGGCCAUCAAUGCGACUGCAGCGCCAGUGGAGUUGCCUGUGCGUGGGGACGACGACACGGGCGAGGAGAUCAGGAUGUCGAGUACGGCGUAUCCCGGGCAGGAGUGGCGGCCGCUGGGGCUGUCGGGGUGGGAAUUCUGA